UUCUUUUGGUAGUGAUGAGUGACGAGGACUCCCAGGACCCAUCUGUGGUACGCUGUGUGUCUCGCCACCUUGGUGUUCCUCCUUACCUCCUCGUAGCUUCAGCUCUGGCCCUCGUCCUCUUUACACUGUAUGUGAUCUUUGCCGUCUGCACAACUGCUAGUCCACCAAAGACAAAAACUUUCAAGAAUGGACUAAGUGUCCAGGCUGACCCACUACCUCUGCCCAUCAAACUGGUUCGUCCUGAAGACCUUACCAAGCUCAGUCUUAUGGAGGAGGAGGAGCAACAAGCACCUCCUCUGCCCACCAAGGUCAAGCUACCUGACACCGACAUUUAGCCUCUUUCAUGGCAAGAUCCAUAGCAGCUACCUUUAAGGGGUUUGCACUAUAGUUUUAAGCAUAUCAUUUCUUUGAACUUUUUUUCUUCCUUUGCAUCUUUUAUAAUCUAAGAUACAACUGUCUUCUCACAUUUUGAGGUAUUCAUAACAGAAAGAUUGACCGAGUUUACAUGUGUCUGUGACGUACAUGUACAGAUAUUGAUUAAACAAGUUUCCUGUUCAUAAUUCACUGUUAGAAGUAACUGCAUUUCAGUCAUUCAUGUUUUACCAGCACAUGGGGAUUGAGCUUAUAUCAGGUCUGUGAGCAGUAUAUCUUUUGUUGUUUAAUGGCUUUAAGAUGUUUCAUCCAUAUUGUAUAUAGUUGAGCACUGAGGGAAAUAGAAUAAAAAAUCUCCAUAUUGUAAACAUGAACAUUCACUACUUGCUUUUUUGACAUACUUUCAUGAACCCUAAAAAUGUGCCUUUCCAUAUUAGAUAGUUUUCAAAACUUGAAUACUUGAAUACUUCAAAGCAUCAAAAAAAAAAAAAAAAUCCUCAAACCUCUAAUUAGUGAGUCAUACCAACUAACCAUUUAUUGGUACUAGCUAGGUCUCAUAAUGCUUGGAGAGGUAUUUAGACAAAAUAGGGAAGAUAGUUCUAUCUUAGAUUGUACUUUCAUCUACUCAUGUUUUUUUAGCUUUAAGAAGAUUAGUUUCCUGUCUAGACUAUCUCCAGUGACAAAAAUGAUCCCAGAGCUUGUAAGGAACCUCAUUAAACCCUAUUUAAGCCAUAUAAAAGCAAAACCUCCUCCAUAUCUUUUCCAAAGACAUAGUUGGCCGUUUGAAGAAUCAUUAAGCAGCUAUGGCCGAACGAUUUCCUUAGUUGUUGUAGAGAAAUGGUUAGGGAAAAGCUUUCUCAGAUAUACCUGUGUUGCUUGAUGACAUAUAAUCAUUGUUUGUUGUGUGUCUAAGUCUUUAUACAUUUAGAAACACUUGUGUGAUAAAAUAUACUAUCUUGUGAAAGCAUGAGAAUUGAUUCAGAAAAGCACUGCUUAACAAUACAGUACUGCAUUAGCAUAUUAUUACCAUGUGGAAACACUGAAGCACCUACUUUUUUUUUAAGUUCUGAGAGUAAAUAAUUUUUUAAGUUGAUUUUUUUUUUUUUUUUUUUUUUUUUUUUUUUUUUUUUUUUUUAAUACCAUGCUCACUGAUUGGGGAGAAAAAGGUUUAUUUUCAUUUUUCAGUUGAAAGAAGCACCUUGAAGUGAUUAGAUGUAGCAUUUCAGAGUGUUUGUAUAAAGAAUAGCGAGUGAGUGAUAGAAAAAUUUAAAUAUUGGAAAAAAAGGGGGGGGGGUGAUUCUCUGUACUUAAUUUUUUUUCUUCAGGGCCUUUUCUCUAUCUUUUGUAGGGGUUGCCUUUUUCCCAUAGGCCUAAGCCUGUUUAUAUGUAGGUGCAAUAUUGACACCAUAUUUUGUAAGUUUGAUUAUGCCAAAACAAGUGUACUAGGGUAGGAUGCAGCGUUACAGUAUAUGCUAUUUACUUUUUCCUUUUUAUUCUUUUCUUUUCUUUUCUUUUCUCUGUGAUUUAUAUGUAUAUCAGAUUUAUAUAUAUAUUUAUACUACAUUUGUUGUGCCACAAUGUUUUUUUUUGUUUUGUUUUUUUUUCCUCUAAUCAUUAAUGGAAUCAUAUUAGUUUUGCAAAUACAGUAUGAUAUUGUAAUUCCAGGGGUUCAGUGGAUUUGCUAUUAAUAAAUAAUACAUAAUU